AUGUGGGAACAUUGGAUCAAGCAAUCAGCCAAUAUUUUACACCAAAUUCCGGAAUUACAUGCCAAUUCAAAAACAUACAGUGAAGAAAAAAAUAUCGUCUUCUCUAAAUCAAAACCUUUAACAAAAACUUCCGUGGCUAAAUGGUCCAGCUAUCCUUAUGCAUCUGUUUACAUCUACGAACCGACGCAGACACAUUGCGAUGCAUCAGGUAUAAGUCCACACUGGCUGCUAGCUGCCGGGUCUUGCCUAUCGCGACACAACUUGGUAUACUCGGUCGACGAAAGGUCGGCGUAUGUGACAUACUGCGGAGAGCACUGGCGAUCGCCUGAGCGUAUCGCUUAUGUCAAAAGAAUUGUGGUGCAUCCAAAAUUCAACCCAAAGGAUAAAGAAAGAAGAUUUCUUUUUAACAUUGGGUUGAUCCAAGUUUCGAAUUCAAUGUCCACGUCUUGCCCUCGUUGGGCGCCAAUCGCAAUGAUGUCACAUCAGUUCUCGACGAGCUCGGCGGGUACCAAGGCCUCUGCAGUAGGCUGGGGCUUAGACAGACACGGAUCGAAAUAUCCGACUGCAAGGUUACCACACUGGCCGCUAACUGUAUACGAAGCUCUGGUCUAUCACAACACAUGCCCAGGGAGUCCCGCGAUUAGCACGGCGAAACGCCAAGCCGACAGUGGCGCCAGUAACGUCUACUGUCUCCUGCUGCCGGAGUACACUGGAGAAGAGAACGACUCCGUGCACGGCGGACUGUUGAUGGUCGACGGGAAGCUGAUUGCUCUUUAUUUGCAGGAAGAACGUCGUUCCCGGGGCAGCCAGUCAGCGCAGUACACGGGUGUGUGGCGGCUCGUCCCGUGGAUAACAGAUGUAGCGCACGAGCCUGACUAUGAGGAUAUUACUUUGGACGUAUAG